CAUGUAGGAGACUUUGUCCAAGACCCGUCCUGUAGAGGGAUACCAAUAUGCACUAUGAAGUGGCAGAUUAUUCCAAGUCCGGCAGCAGCACAGCGUUCUUUGAAGUCCUCGACAAGUGCCAAGUCUUGCCUAUGAAGGAGCUGCCUUCAGUGACUGGUUCUAACAGUGGUCGAGCAUUCGUGAAUUCCCAGAUGUCCUUUAAAAUUACUGUCAGCAAUGGCAGCGAGAGCGUUGAAGCACAGCACAGCCCACCUGAGCUGCCGAUGCCUCUGCUAGAUCUCUUUCCUAAAAGACCCAGCAUAUUUGAAAGAUUGCCUAUUCUCCAGAGGACUCAGGAGACACGGUGCCCUAAAAGUGGCCGAGAAUAUUUCCAGCAGAAGGUGAAUGGUGGCUACAAUCACUGUAAUUCAAUAUCCGAGAAGAACAACACGAUGGACGUGGAGAUGACAAAUAGUGUGGGGCCUGUAUGUAGACAGAACUUGCUUAUACACUCAGGAAACUCGCUUACUCGAGACCACCCUUUGCCUUGUGAAAGACUGCUGCAUGUUAGUCAGCUGAAUUUAUCUCACUCAGAUACAAGGCCUCCCCCAUUUCAAGACCCAAGAGAUUCUACCAAUCCUUGCAUGAAUGGAAGCCACGCUACUCCUGGGAUUACCGAAGGAAUGGAACUGAGAGGCUUGGGCAGCUUUCAUCCUGAAAUAGAGCUAAUGAACAAUGGCUUUACAAAUUCACUUUCAUCAUACUUGUUUAAUAAUGAACACAGCUCCUCCCUGGGAUCAUUGUCACUCAGCAGCCCUCAAAACACCAGCCGGCACCAGGCAAGCAACCUGAAGAAGCGAUGCCUCUCCAUGCUGCCGUCUUCUGCCGAUGGGAUUGACAUUACAACUAUCAUACGUACCUCACAGACGUCAUUGGUCACCUGCGUGAAUGGACUGCGGACUAAUUCAGCUGGCAUUUCCUCUUCUCCUGGGGAAAUCACUCUCCACGGUGCUCAGAAAUCAUCUCGGCCCCAGUCUUGCUCCCAGCCUGGGACCCACUGCCAUCACCCCUCUCCGUCAGUAUGCCUUUUACCUGUUUCCAGUGACUGUGUUCGAGGGGACUGUGAUCAUUCCCAAAUGCGGCAAGCAGAAGAAAAUGCAAGCCUUUGCCUUAUAAUGAACAACACUAGUGUUCCUCAGCAAGAGGCUUCCCACAGCAACCAAAAGUUGAGUUUUUUAAAACAAGAACCACUUGACGAAUAUUCGUCUGCAACCGAUCUUUUUCAGCAUCACCAAGAGCUGCCGCCACCUUAUCAUUUACACCAACCGCGAAGCCAGGCUCAAGGGACGCUGUCUCAUUUACAUGCUUCCAUGUCUCCAAAGUCUCUUCAAAUGAGUGAGGGUGAUGAGCAAGAGACCAGCAAUGGCAAGCAGGCCUGUCGGUGGAUUGACUGUAGUGCUGCUUAUGAUCAACAAGAUGAGCUGGUUCGGCACAUAGAAAAGACACACAUUGAUCAGCGGAAAGGAGAAGACUUCACUUGCUUCUGGGCAGGCUGUGUCCGUCGAUAUAAGCCUUUCAAUGCUCGUUACAAACUGCUGAUUCACAUGAGGGUUCAUUCCGGCGAAAAACCAAACAAGUGUAUGUUUGAAGGGUGCAACAAAGCAUUUUCUCGGCUUGAAAACCUUAAGAUCCACCUGCGGAGUCACACGGGUGAGAAACCUUAUCUUUGCCAGCAUCCUGGCUGCCAGAAAGCUUUCAGCAACUCUAGUGACCGAGCUAAGCAUCAGCGAACACACCUGGAUACCAAACCAUAUGCCUGUCAGAUUCCUGGGUGCUCUAAACGCUAUACUGACCCAAGUUCCCUUCGAAAACAUGUGAAAGCUCAUUCUGCCAAAGAACAACAGGUGCGUAAGAAGCUCCAUUCAUGCUCUGAUGUUGAACAAGACAUAUUAAGUGAGUGCUUAGCUAUGCAGCAGCUCCACCCUUCCUCGCAGCACAUCUUGGAUGGGAAAUGUGGGCGAUCGAUGGGCCACCAUGACCUAAUACCAGGCAUCUACACUGGUUCCAGCACUAACCAUAAUGGACCAUCUCCCAGUCUCUUGCCAUCAUCUCAUGAUAUGCCUUCAAGGCAACGCACACUUGAGUCAGCCCUCAUCAGUACGCACCAUCAUGUAUCACCUAUAGAAGGCUCUAGAGAAGGGAUUGGUCGAAAUAUUCAUCCUCUUGUUAGUCCACUGAAAACAGUAGUUACUCCUUCAUUACUUCAGAAACACAGGUCACCUUCAUCACACAGCCAAUCUCCAAAUGGACAGCAGUUCUCGGCAAAUAAACCAUACACGCAAUUUCAAAACCAAUCUACACAGCAGGGACUACAAGGGUAUCAAGGCAGCUUUCACUCUAUACAGAACUGUUUCCACUAUGGGGACUGCUACAGGGCAAUGGAUUCAUCUGUCAACAGUGAUGGACUUUCAGGGGACUCUCAUUGCUUCAGCCCUCGGCGGCAAAAUGGUUAUCAUAUCCUCAGUGCGCCUGAAGCCUCAACAGGCUAUGAAGUUAUAUCUGAAGCACAAUGUGUAUCGGAAGAAGUAGUCAUCAGUGGGACAGAGGAGAAUAAUGGAUUCUUCCAAAAUGGCACCUUUGAUCACUGCUUUAAUCACAUCCCUCCCAUCUAUACAGAUACCUAAACCAGGCUUGAACCUUGUUUUCUUUACCAUGCUUAUAAUGCCUUUUGUAUUUACGGAAUUGUUGUUCAACUAUUUUUACUGUAUUUAGUCUGCAACAUUGUAUGUGCUCAUUUAAGUCAACCCUUCACAUUUACCAACCCAUUUUAUAAAGGAAUAUACUGUAUAAUUAUUGGAACCUAUUCUUUUGCUGUGGCACUUUGAAAAUGAUUCUCUUAAGGGAAAAGGAAGAGCAUCUGA